UCGCCAUAUGUCAAAAAAGCAUCCCACUCUACCAAUUACAAGGCAACCAGCAUUGUCAGUAAAUAAUGAAGAAACUGGAGAGGAUAAUCUGAUUCAGACAGCAAUUGCUGGCCCUUCAACAGCACACCCACCUCAGCCAAAACGGUUCUGUCCUUUGAGAACUCAAAAUAUUUUACAAUAUUUUCAUAAACCCCUUCCAUUAAAAAAACAAAAAGAAAUUGAUCGGCAACUAGUGGUAAUGAUUGCAAAAGAAUACCACCCAUUCAGUAUCGUUGAAGAUAAGGAAUUUAUAAAAUUUAUACAUUUAUUAAACCCUAGUUAUAAACUUCCAACAAGAAAAACAGUAUCUGCAUCUCUAAUCCCAGCAACAUAUGACGAAAUACAUAAAACUGUCAAAAUAAGACUUAAUAGGGCAUUUGCAAUAUGUUUAACGACUGAUGGGUGGACAUCAAGAAGUAACGAUAGUUUUUACAGUGUUACAGCACAUUAUAUAGUUGAAGAUGAAAAAAACACGUAUUUAGCUUCAGAUUUAUUAGGUUGUGUUUCAUAUACUGAAAGACAUACUGGAGAAAACAUUGCAAACAAAAUAACAUGUAUGUUAGCAGAGUGGGACAUAAACAACAAAAUUACAGCAGUAGUCACAGAUAAUGCUGCGAACAUGAAAUUAGCUGUACGUAUUGGUAGUUGGCGUCACUGGGGUUGUUUUGCACAUUCUUUAAACCUAGUGACACAAUCUGGAUUAAAAGAAAUACAGGAGGUUUUAGAUAAAAUCAAAGUGAUUGUGAGGUUUUUUCACAAAAGCAGUCAUGCUUAUUCAAAACUAAAAGAAACCCAAGAAAGAAUGGAGCUUCCAAUUUUAAAAUUAAAAAAUGAUGUACCGACACGAUGGAACUCAACCUAUGCAAUGAUACAUCGGGUUUUAGAAACUAAAAAUGCACUGAUUUCAACACUGGCACUCUUAAAUGUUUCAUUAGCCACUAGUGAUGAACAAAUACCUCUUUUGACUUCUGAGGAGUGGACUAUUGUAGAACAAUCAAUGCAAAUAUUACAAAUGUUUGAUGUUGUAACCACUACCUUAAGUGCUGAAAGCAAAGUUACUGUUUCAUCACUAAUAAUUUACUACCGUGAGCUUUCUAAACACCUAAAAUCAUUCAACGGCUCUAAUUUAAAACCAGAGGUAGAAAAUUUAGUGAAAAAAUUAUUGUCCGAGUUAAAUAGGCGUUUUGGAGAUAUGGAGGACAAUGAAUUAAUUUCACAAUCCACAAUUUUAGAUCCGAGAUUUAAAAAGUUCGGUUUUAUUAAUGCUGAAAAAUACAAAAAAGCUGUUCAGAAACUGUAUCAUAAAAUUGCAAACACUCGAGUCACAAAUGUUAACUCUACAAUAUAUGAACAGGUAAAUAAUGACGACUUUACUGCAGAUGCACCUAAAACAAAAAAAGAUAAUCCGUUAGAUAUUCUUUGGAAGGAUUUUGAUUCAGAGAUUCAGAUGCACACAAAACCUAGAAAUGCAUUAGCAGCUGCAAUAGUGGAAUUAGAUAAAUAUUUAGAUGAACCAAUAUUGCCUAGACAAGAUAGUGAAGGAGUGUCACAAGAUCCAUUAUUAUGGUGUCAUCAACGAAGAUACAUUUACCCACGGUUAUACCAAAUAGUUAAAACAAGAUUGUGUGUUAUGGCUACUUCAGUUCCAUGUGAGAGAAUAUUUUCACAUGCUGGACAAACAGUAAACGAAAAACGUGAAAGACUUACAACGUAG